AUGAAUAGAAUAAGAUCAUUCGUCGAUGUAAAAAAAGGUAGGAUUCCUACAAUAAAACCCGUUUCACGAAACAAAUCUGGGCGCCGUCAAAAAUGCCCCUCCAUUAUGAUAAGAGAAAUCCAACAAGAAGAUAAUGUACCAGUAUGUAAAUUGUUGUUUGAGCAUUUUAGAUCACUGACUCUUCCAGCGAUCAUUUACUGGCUUGUUCAGCACGUGUAUGACCUAAUCGCAAUCGUUGUAAUAAACGCAUGUUUAUUGUCAAUUUACAAUUUAUGUUAUUUCUGUUUGCUUUUUUUGGUUUACUUAUUCGUCAGAGCACGCUAUGAAAUUGAAAAACAUAUAAAAGAGUCCUGCCCAGACCUGGUAGACGUAUAUAAAUCAUAUCGUAGUCAUACAGCGUCCAAUUUCUGGGUCGCUUAUGUAUCAGGAGAUCAACAGGGAGAAUCAUCUGAUGAAAAAUCAGAUAAAACUCCUGAAGAAUCAAAAGCUGAUCCAGACAAGCCAGAAUCAAACUCUAAAAGUCCACCUCCAGAGAAACAUGAAAAAUUCAACCAUGUUGAUGAAGUAAACGAACUGAAUUUCAGCCAGAAAUGCAAAGCAAAUGAAAUUCUAGGAUGCGUUGGAAUCACACCGUACAGAAAUAAUCCAAACGUUGCACAAAUGGUUAGGCUUGUGGUAACAAGGAAAAGAAGAAAUAUGAGAGUGGGAUCAAGGCUCCUGGAAUAUCUGGAGGAAAAGGCGUUGAAAAUGGGCUACAAUGAGAUAAGAGUUUUUACAAACAACUUAAAUACUGCGUACCUGCAAUUCCUGAAACAGCACAAUUUUCAGAUUAUUCAGGUUGUGAGAAGAGGACUAAUGAGAGGAGAUCUCAUUAUUUGGACCAAGGUUUUGAACCCAGCAGACCAACCUAAACAAGGUAAAAAAGUUUAUAUUUUAGAAUCAGACUUUCUAUUAUAUAUUUACUUAAGUUCAUUAAAAUUUCUACCCUAA